AUGAAUCGCACUAUCAUGGAGAAGGCAAGGAGCAUGCUGUACUACAAGGGUAUCGACAUGCAGUGGUGGGCAGAGGCGGUCAGUACGGCUGUGUACUUGAUCAACAGAUCCACAAACUCUGCAAAUUCGGACGUAACACCGUUCAAGGUUGGUUUCAAGAUAAAGCCGAGUAUUGAGCAUUUGCGUGUGUUUGGAUCGCAAGGGUAUGCUCACAUUGACGACGCCAAGAGGACGAAGCUCGAACCAAAGAGUUACCGGUGUAUGUUCCUCGGAUAUGCGGAGAACACCAAGGGAUACAGGGUGUUCAAUCUGGAAAGGUCGAAGGUUGUCAUAUCGCGCUCCGUAAAGCUGGACGAGCGGGAAGUUGAAGGCAUAUACGACACGGUGGUACCAGAUAAAAUACCAGUCGUCAAGUAUAUAAGAAACAAAAAAAAAUGA